CAGGAAAUGAUUAUGCCCAAAAUGGCCAUAUUUAUUUCAUAAUUAAUUUAGUGACAUGUCGGCAUUGAUUUUGGUUUUUCGUUUAAUUUUGUUCUAUACCUUUGUUUCUGUAUCAGAUGGUCAAGUAAAAUGGUAUGAUGCCGUCAAAUCAUGUAAACAAAAAGGAAAGAUAUUAGUCCAUGAAAAAUGGAUCAACGCAUCUAGUUUUGAUUCCAGACAAGAUACCACAAUGUGGACAUCUAGUUAUAUAUUGUCAGUGAACGAUGUAAAACACACAGCGUUGUACGUUGAGCAAGUACCAGUAACUGAAAUUCAUCGAGGACUUUGUAUGAAUAAUAAGAAUUUGGAUAAACUUAUUAUCUUGAAACCGCCUCUUAACUAUACUCUUCAAAACUUCAAAUGCCAUUGGGAUCACAGAUGGUCAAGAAAUUAUCCCGAUGAUUUGCUAAAUAUUACAAGUUUAAGCGUUGUAAGAGAAGUGCUUGAUGUCAUGGACUUUGGACAGAAGUAUUGGCUAAGUGACAUAAGUGAAAGUGUGUAUAGUUUGGUACAUCAAUGUGAAGUGUUUAAUCACGUUGGAAAUUUUACAUUGAGUAGGAAGUCUAAUACUGCAAUGCAUUUUUGUGAUGAGAAGAAUAAUUAUUCAUGCAUUGAUGGAGGACUUGUAUUGCACAAUUCACUCAUUGGUGCGUUAGGAGUCAUCAUUUUGAUUGGGUUUACUGUAACCUGUUUGAUUAUGAAGCGGUCAAUUGGUAAAUUAAAACGUGAAGUGCAAAGACUCAAGCAACAAAGAUUUGAACAUCCAAUGUAUGGUACUGACCAGAUUCAAAUGAUACAGAGCAGUGUACCGGAACCGGAAACGCCAAUAUCACCUACCGGUUCAUCUAUGUAUGAAAAUUUUCUGAAUUCCGUUGCAUCAGGAGAAUCAAAUGUAACUGUAAGUUACUUGACAUCGACACAGGUUCAACGAACAGUAGAAGUCACAGAGACCCAUAAUGCAACAUCGCAAGAUUACAGUGACGGUUUCAGUCCACAUUUUCUUCCACCAUUAAAAAUGCCAAAACAACGUCCCAUAAUUAGACACACUUCACUGGUAAAUAGCACGGAUGGGCAUGUUAAUAUGCUUCAUUGCAGACAAACGUCGACUGAACCUGCAUCUUCCAAAAUGUUCCCCUUACAACACUGCCUACGUGGAAUGCCUAUUGAAUGGUUCAAAACCGAGGAUGAUAUUCACAUCCAUGGAUCUACCAACUCGACAAACAAGCCAAGCCCUAGGCCAUGCAUUACAAACACUGAAUCAAGAGUUUCAGGUAAAAGUGAGCGUGCAAGUGCAUUUUAUUUGAAUACAGGACGCUCAGCUGAUUUUGAAAAUCCAGAGAUCGAUGGGGAAGAUUAUGAAAACAUUUGGGAAAAAGAUAUUUAAAGAUUGUUUUAUUUGCGUUAAAAUAAUCCGUACGACAUUCACUCUUUAAACUAUAUUCAUACGUAGGAAUAUACGCAAAAUAACUCAUAAUUAGAAUUUUGUUAUAUAAUAUAAUCAUUGUUGAGCUGUACGAUGAUAAAUUUUUGUUUAUCUUCACUGUAUAUUUUAUUUGUAUUAUAUGGUCCGAGACCACACAUAUUUCGUAGUGCAUUUCUUUUAGAACAUAAAUAAAAAUUAAAAAAAAAUCCCACUUGCGCUUUCUCAAAGAAACUUUUACAGUGUGUUGUACUACUUUGGGACAAAUUAUAUAAAAAUUCUUCAUCAGCUCUAACUCAAAAUAUGGACAAUUUUAUGUUCAGGGCGUCUUAAAAUCUUUUGACAGCUUCCGAAGUGCUAAUUUUAAAUCUUUUUCAGUUUGAUCAAAUCACUACUUUCCAUUAAAAUUCUGGACCCAAUUUUGUUUACAGUGUAAUUUCACCCCCUACUUGCAAUUUGAGGCAUUAAACAUGGAGAAAUAAAUUUGAAAGGGGUAUAAAAAAUGUAUGGCAAGUAACCCACUGUCUACACUAGGGACUAUAUGUGUGGUUUCGGACCAUAUAAGUAUAUAUUUUCUGUUUUCUCAUGGAAUAAAGGCAUAUUGAAUGUUCUUUUGUAAAACGAUUUGAUAACCUCGUGUGUUGUUUAAUUGAGAGACA